AUGUUUGAAACGAUACGAACUGAACUUGGUAGUGGUGCGUGGUGUCCCCUUCAGCAAAUUAAUAUGGACACAGCUGAAUGGAUACAAAUUGAUUUCCCAUCGGAGGUUAUGAUUUCGGCCGUGGAGACUCAGGGUCGUUUUGAUGGGGGUCGAGGCAUGGAAUACCCACCCGGUUAUAUGCUUGAAUACUGGAGAAAUAGCCUCGGUAAUUGGGCUCGGUACAAGGACUCUCAACAUAAUGAGAUAAUAUCGGCGAACACGGACACUCGAUCAGCAGUGCUCCGUGUGCUCGACGGAGGUAUUGUCGUACAAAAGUUACGCAUUAUUCCAGUCUCAGAAACCACUCGCACCGUCUGUAUGCGAUUCGAACUUUACGGAUGUCCUUUCAAAGAUUCGCUGAUAUCAUACUCGAUGCCUCAAGGGAGUAUUGCUGAUGGUUUAAACAUGAACGAUGCAUCGUACGAUGGACACAUGAAUACAUCAGCGCAUCUGGUCGAUGGUCUCGGGAAAUUGUAUGACGGGGUGAUUGGAGAUGACAAUUUUGAGAAAUACCCUCAAAAAUGGGUCGGUUGGAGGAAGGAUAUCCAAGGACCAAAAGUGACCAUCGAGUUCAUAUUUUCGGAGCAACAAAACAUAUCGGCUAUUUCUCUGCAUACUUCCAACUUCUUGAAGCACAAUGCACAGGUAUUUGAGCAUGCACAUAUUUGGUUCUCACGUCGUGGUAACGACCUGUACUCACCGCGCACUGUUCACUUCAGCUAUUUGCCCGACAACACCUUCGAGUCGGCUCGAUGGGUACGAAUUCCGAUUAGCGAUCGAUUAGCGAAAAAACUUCGAAUUGAAUUAAAGAUGACUGACGAUGCUGAAUGGCUUUUGCUCAGCGAAGUGAAAUUUGAAUCUGGAAAUAUUCCGUUCAAUUUUGUAUAUGACGACAACGAGGAGUUAGAAUUGGACCAAUCACCAAACGGCAAUUCACUCACAUAUUUUUCGGUUAGCGAUUCAGUUGAAGAAAACAGUCGAUGGUUUUCAAUUGCCUUAUUCGUGGUACUAGUGUUGCUGUUCGCUGUUGUCGUUCUCCUUUUGUAUAUUGUUUUCUGCUGUCGUCGUUCGGUGGCCGUCAAAUCAUCUUCACCUGUAUUCGAUAAGACAAUCAAUAAGGAUGUGCAGUUGAUGAUCGUCGAAGGAAAUACAAUCAAGCGUAUCUCACCGAGCACCUAUCGAAUGACCGCAGACAAUAUGGAGAAUUCAUUGUUGGAGAAACUACCACAAACCACUUAUGACUCGGGAAGUGAAUAUGCUGAUCCUGAUUGUGCUAAUAGUCCAACUGAAUGUGGCAAGAGCUCAAUGCCUCUGCUUAAUGGUGCCAAUACAACGUUUCAUUACGCGAGCAGCAAGGUUCCAAAUUUGUUCCCCAUAUACACCAGUAAUUCAUCGUCAUCACAUAGCAGCAACACCUCUCACAGAUAUGCAUCUUAUUCGGUGAACAGCACACAGAGUUCAAACAGUCUCGUCGAAAUCGAUCCAUGCGUAUUACAGUUUCGUGAGCUACUUGGUGUUGGUGAAUUUGGAGAGGUACACCUAUGCCAGCUGGAACAACGUUUAGUGGCCGUGAAGAGACUGCGUCGUGGUGCGAGUGCACAAGCGGAAUCAGAUUUUCGUCACGAGAUGCGGGUGAUGAGUCGUUUGAGGCAUCAGAACAUCGUUGAGGUUGUUGGCGUUUGCACACGAAAUGAACCGCUCAGUUGUAUUGUUGAGCAUAUGCCCAAUGGAGAUCUUUGUCAAUAUUUACAGUCACAAAAUACCCUCAGCGUUGAAAUGCUGCUAUCAAGCUGUACACAGGUGGCUGCGGGAAUGUCAUAUUUGGAAUCACAACAUUUUGUUCAUCGUGACCUCGCGGCCAGAAACUGUCUGGUUGCUGACGAUGGAACUAUUAAAAUUGGUGAUUUUGGUAUGGCGCGAAGUCUAUACGAUAGUGAUUAUUACAAAAUUGAGGGCGCUUUCGUAUUGCCAAUUCGUUGGAUGGCCUGGGAAUGUCUACUAUUGGGUAAGUUCACGUCGAAAACAGACGUUUGGUCGUUUGGUGUAACAAUGUGGGAGAUUCUGAAUGGCUGUCGAUGUCAGCCGUUCUUUGAGCUGCGUGACGAUCAAGUCAUCGACAAUAUUCAGCACAUUUACCAUCAUGGACAGCUUAAGGUUUACUUGGACAAACCGCAAUAUUGUAGUAUAUCAGUGUAUAAUCAAUUGUUACUGCCUUGUUGGGGACGUGAUGAUCAUUUGCGACCGUCAUUUCAAACACUCCAUAGGCAUUUACAGAAUUUGUUGUGCUCACAGUACGAUAGUGACAUAUGUCGAGAUUUUGUCUGA